AUGUCUCCUCACACUGCUUCAACCACCACCAACGACCUCGCCAACGAAUAUGCCGACAUUAUCAAGGGCAAGACAAUCCUCACAACCGGUGUCACGCCCAACAGUCUCGGCGGAACAUUCAUCCUAGAAAGUGCCUCUAAAUCCCCAUCGCUUCUCAUCCUCGCAGGCCGCAACGCCUCCAAACUCCAAGAAAUGUCUGAAGCCAUCACCAAGACCAACCCUUCUGUCAAGACCCGCUCUCUUGUGGUAGAUCUUGGCUCUUUGGCUUCAGUGCGAAAGGCUGCUGAGGAGGUUAACAGCUGGAGUGAUGUGCCUAGCAUUGAUGUCGUUGUUAACAAUGCUGGAGUCAUGGCUAUUCCAUACACCAAGAGUGUGGAUGGCUAUGAGAUGCAGUUUGCUAUUUGCCAUCUUGGACAUUUUCUUUUGACGAACUUGAUUAUGGAUAAGAUUCUUGCUUCAGAGUCACCUCGCGUUGUCAACAUCUCGAGCAAUGGUCACAGUCUCGGCCCUAUUCGCUUCGCCGAUCCUCACUUUAGUGACGGCGAGCUUUACGACCAAUGGAGUGCCUACGGCCAAUCCAAGACUGCAAACAUGCUAUUCUCUGUAUCUCUGGCUCAAAAGCUAGGAAGUCGUGGCCUUCAAUCGUACAGUGUUCACCCCGGCCUCAUCUUGUCAACUGGCCUCGGCACACAUCUCGACUUUGCCAGCAUGGACGCUGAUCUCGGCACUUUCAUCAAAUCGCACCGCGAACGAGGCAACUCUGAGGGAUGGACAGCUAUCCCCCCUGUUCCCGUUGAAGUAGGCGCUGCGACGCAUGCAUUCGCUGCUUUCGACCCCAACAUCAAAGCGAGCAACGGUGCUUAUCUCUUGGAAGCGAGGGUUGCUGAUCCUUUUGUUGAUACUGUCAAGGCUUGGGCGCGAGAUGCUGUUGAGGCUGAGAAGUUGUGGAGGCUGAGUGAGGAGCUUGUUGGGCAGAAGUUUGGAUAUUAA